ACUUGCAAUCACUGUCAAUGGAAAUUGGAAGCAAACUUGUCGGUUGUAUUACAUGUAAGGUGGUUCUGCAGGCAGCAACAAGAGAGAAAUAACCAGAAAGAACCGCCAAAACCUUGACCUUUUUAUCUGGAUAUCUUCCUUAUCCAAUUUUUACACGCACCAGUUUAUGCCUAUAUAUACUGCAUAGUCCUCCCAUUGUUUUCUGUGCAACCAAACAACUCUGAGGACGAGUUGGUUCUUCCUAUAUUCCUUUUACCAUUAUUGUCACUCAAGUGAUCUCUGCGUGAUCGCUCUCUCUUUUCACAGUUUCCGUUUACGUUGAAGCGUAUCAAAUAUUGCGCAUUCCAGUUUUAUGUGCAUAAAUCUUAAGCUACGAGAUCGAAGACAUUAAGUAUUUGGAAAUAAAAUCGAAGUUUGCUAUUGUUGCCUUGCAUAGUUAAGAUUUUAUUCUCAAAGUCACUGAUUUAUUUCUCCUAUAAAAAGUCGGUUUGCAGUCUCUGCCUCCACUUUAAAACCUGAUUUUCUCAAGGGUUUUUGUUCUUUGGAAAUUCGAGUUCUGUUAGUUGAGUUAUCCAUUCUGUUUUUCUCUCUGUUUUCCUCCGAAAUCAUUCAUGGCACCCCCCAACGAUCCCGUUAAUUCAAUCUCUAGCGUCCACCGAGUGGGAAAAUGGGAGAAAUACUUCAGCUUGUCUAAUAGCAAGUUUUGUGUCAAAGGUGUGCCUUUGCUCAAUGAUGUCCCUAAUAAUGUCUCUUUUAGUCCCUUCUGUUCAAUCUACCAAUCCUCUGAUGCUCCAAUUCCCCUGCUCCAGCGUGUGCUUCCCCUUUCUCACAAGGGUGGAUUUCUCGGAUUCUACAAGGAUGAGCCAUGUGACAGGUUCAUGAACUCCUUGGGUAGGUUUGAUGGCAGAGAUUUUCUAAGCAUCUUUAGGUUCAAAACAUGGUGGUCUACCAUGUGGGUGGGGAAUUCUGGGUCGGAUUUACAAAUGGAGACACAAUGGGUGCUCUUAGACGUCCCUGAAAUUAGGUCUUAUGUUAUUAUCAUACCCAUUAUUGAAGGCAGUUUUAGGUCAGCUCUUCGUCCUGGCUCUGGUGGGCAACUCAUGAUUUGUGCUGAGAGUGGUUCUACCAAAGUGAAAGCAUCAAGUUUUGAUGCAAUUGCUUAUGUUCAUGCCUCUGAUAAUCCCUACACCUUGAUGAAAGAGGCCUAUAGUGUUCUUAGAGUCCAUCUCAAUACCUUUAGGCUCUUGGAAGAGAAAACAGCCCCAAAUAUUGUUGACAAGUUUGGCUGGUGCACUUGGGAUGCCUUCUACUUAACCGUAGAACCUGUUGGCGUAUGGCAUGGAUUGAAUGAUUUUGUCAAGGGUGGUGUCUCACCGCGGUUUCUUAUCAUUGAUGAUGGUUGGCAAAGCAUCAGUGUAGAUGGUGAGAAACCAGAUGAAGAUGCAAAAAAUCUUGUUCUUGGUGGGACUCAAAUGACUGCCAGGCUUCACCGGCUUGAUGAAUGCGAGAAGUUCAGAAAAUAUAGAGGUGGUUCCAUGUUGGGUCCUGAUGCUCCUUCAUUCGAUCCAAAGAGGCCAAAGAUGCUGAUCUCCAAGGCAAUUGAGCUUGAGCAUGCCGAGAAGGCUCGUGACAAGGCCAUCCAAUCCGGAAUCGCUGACUUGUCAGAAUAUGAAGAAAAAAUCCGAAAGUUCAGACAAGACUUGGAUGCAAUGUUUGGGAGUGAAGAUAGCAAUAGUUCCAUCCAAGGCUGUGGGAGCUGUUCUUGUACAACUGAGAAAUAUGGGAUGAAGGCGUUCACAAGGGACUUGAGGACAAAGUUCAAAGGUUUGGAUGAUAUAUAUGUAUGGCACGCUCUUUGUGGUGCCUGGGGUGGUGUUAGGCCUGGUGCAACCCAUCUUAAUUCCAAGAUUAUUCCCUGCAAAGUGUCUCCUGGCCUUGAUGGGACAAUGGACGAUCUUGCCGUGGUUAAAAUCGUAGAAGGUGGGAUAGGGCUUGUUCAUCCUGAUCAAGCUGAGGACUUUUACAACUCCAUGCACUCCUACCUUGCUGAAGUCGGUAUUACAGGAGUAAAAGUUGAUGUAAUUCAUACUCUCGAGUAUAUAUCCGAUGAAAAUGGAGGCCGGGUGGAACUUGCAAAUGCAUAUUACAAGGGGCUGUCAAGUUCUCUGUCCAAGAACUUCAAAGGAAAUGGACUCAUCUCAAGUAUGCAGCAAUGCAAUGACUUUUUCUUCCUCGGGACAAAUCAAAUUUCUAUGGGAAGAGUUGGUGAUGAUUUCUGGUUCCAAGACCCUAAUGGAGAUCCAAUGGGAGUAUAUUGGCUGCAAGGGGUACAUAUGAUUCACUGUGCCUAUAACAGCAUGUGGAUGGGGCAGAUCAUACAACCUGAUUGGGAUAUGUUCCAGUCAGACCAUCUGUGUGCCAAAUUCCAUGCAGGCUCAAGGGCCAUCUGCGGUGGUCCAGUCUAUGUGAGUGAUUCUGUGGGUGGCCACAAUUUUGAUCUCAUCAUGAAGCUUGUCCACCCUGAUGGUACCAUUCCUAGGUGCCAGCAUUUUGCUCUCCCAACAAGAGACUGCCUCUUCAAGAACCCUUUAUUUGACCAAAAGACCAUUCUCAAAAUUUGGAACUUCAACAGGUAUGGAGGUGUGAUUGGAGCAUUUAACUGCCAAGGGGCUGGUUGGGACCCCAAGGAGCGAAGGAUCAAGGGCUUCUCUCAGUGCUACAAACCAAUGUCUGGUUCAGUGCAUGUCCAUGACAUCGAAUGGGACCAGAAAAUAGAAGCAGCUGAAUUAGGAAAGGCUGAAGAGUAUGUAGUCUACCUCGAUCAGGCAGAAGAAAUGCACUUAAUGACCCCGGAAUCUGAUGCAAUUCAAGUCACCAUCCAACCAUCUACAUUUGAACUAUUCAGCUUUGUUCCAGUUGAGAAACUCAGCCACACCCUCAGUUUCGCACCAAUUGGACUAACAAACAUGUUCAACAGUGGAGGUACCAUUCAAGAAUUGGAGUAUGUCAAGACUGUGGUUGAGAAGAAUGCUAAGAUUAAAGUCAAGGGUAUUGGGAAUUUCUUAGCCUACUCGAGUGAGCCUCCAAAUAAAUGCUACCUGAAUGGUGCUGAGGUAGCUUAUGAGUGGGUGGCUUCUGGCAAACUCACCUUGAAUCUUGCUUGGGUUGAAGAGGCUGCUGGCAUUUCUGAUGUUGUUUUUGUCUUUACAAACUAAUCUUUUAUUAUUUUGUAAAUUCUAGGUUCUAGUUGAAUGUUUUUCUUGUUUGUUUAUUAUUAUUAGCAUUGAUUGUGGGAGGCAGUGCAUUUUUGGACCAGUUUAUACGGAGGAAUGCACAUGCAUCCCCUCAUGGUUAAGUUGAAGUCUCCAGAUUUGAUUGCUUUCUCCACGGUAAACUCGUAUGCUUUUCAUCCAACAACUCAGAGAUGAUUGCUGUGUACUUCCAUUUGUUUGAUAUUUAGAUAGAUUUGACACUGUAACACUACAUUGGCCGACAGCUUCAAUGAACUUCACACUGGCUUGAACUACGUCCCAACCUCUAUUUUGGUCUUUUUCAGUUAUUUGA